AACUUCUUGAAAAUCAUGUCAUUUUGAUAGAAUUGUAUAUCCUUGAAACGAAAAAGAUUUUUGUCGCAGUUAAAUUCGGCAGAAAGUUCUGCAUAACAAGUCUGCAGAACGGCAUGUAUUUUCAGCCCUCACAACUUGCGUGUGUUUGAAAGUAUAGCUGAUUUAUAGGCUCUGUUGCUGUAGGGGCUGUUGUUUGUACAGUCUCUGCCCUCUGCCUCUCCCCCUCCUGCUCCACUCAGCCCUCCCAGACUCGAUUCAGCAACUAGGAAGCGUCGCGCGCAGUCUCAGCUACUGGCCGAGCGUGCCUUCGGCCAGCGAGCGGAUUUGCGCUCGCGCCCCUAGUACUUUAUCGCCCUGCGCGCUUUCAACCAGCCGCUCCGCGCGCAGAUGUAAGACAUCGGAGCUUUUCAGCGGGAGAAGACUUGCUAUAGUUGUUUGAGCUCCAUGGAGGACCGCUGCUCCCCGGAUAAUGAGAGGAUGGAAGCGUGGCUGGACGACCACUUGGAGUUCACCCACUCGUACUUUGUCAAGAAGGCAUCAAGGGAGAUGGUGAAUGCCUGGUUUGCUGAGCGUGCUCAUACCAUCCAGCCAUCUGUCCCUAAAGAAAACUGUUCCCAGCAGCGAACCCACCAGUCCUCCUCAGAUCUUUGCCCCUCUUCUAACUCCACCACCCUCCUGGACAACUGCUGCCCAUCCCCUGCCACUGUACCUAGCCCAGCUCCUGGUACCCCAACUCGCAAAAUCUCAGCUUCAGAGUUUGACCGCCCACUAAGACCCAUUGUGGUCAAAGACUCUGAGGGUUCCCUCACAUUUCUGAGUGACUCAGAACGGAAACCCGUCCCUCUCUGUGGUUCGGUGAUGGGAGAGGGUGGUGGUGAUGAUGGGAGUGGCAGGGAGGUUGACCGCUGCACCAGGCUGCUGGAGCUAGUAAAGGAAGUAUCAAGUUAUCUGGAUGUGACAGCGCUCUGCCAUAAGAUCUUCCUACACAUCAAUGAGCUGAUCACUGCAGACCGAUACUCACUCUUUCUGGUGGGUGAAGACAGCUCCAACAGGAAGUUUUUGGUCAGCCGGCUGUUUGAUGUUGCUGAAGGAUCCACAUUGGAAGAAUCAUCCACCAGCUGCAUCCGACUAGAGUGGAACAAGGGGAUAGUGGGGCAUGUAGCUUCCACAGGGCAGCUGCUCAAUAUCAAGAAUGCAUAUGAGGACCCAAGAUUCAACGCAGAAGUUGACCUGAUCACAGGCUACAAAACCCAAAGUAUCCUUUGUAUACCCAUCAAGAACCACAGAGGAGAGGUUGUUGGAGUGGUUCAGGCUAUUAACAAGAAAUGUGGAGAGAAUGGUGCCUUCACUGAACAGGAUGAGAAGGAUUUUUCAGCCUAUCUAGCCUUUUCAGGCAUAGUUCUGCACAAUGCACAGCUGUAUGAGACCUCGCAGUUGGAAAACAGACGCAAUCAGGUGCUGUUGGAUCUGGCAAGACUGAUCUUUGAGGAGCAGCAGUGUUUGGAGGUUGUGCUGCGGAAGAUUGCCGGAACCAUCCUGUCCUUCAUGCAGGCUCAGGCCUGCACUGUUUUCAUUGCUGAUGACGACUCAAUGAAUUCCUUCUCCAGUGUGUUUCACAUGGAACAUGAGGAGCUGAGGGAAGUCCUAGAUACUCCCAAAAGAGACUGUGAUGUCAGUCAGAUAAACUACAUGUACGCUCAGUAUGUUAGAAACACCAUGCAACCUCUCAACAUCAUCGAUGUCACCAAGGACCAGCGCUUCCCUUGGACAUGUGAAAGCCCUGAUCACUCCAGCAGUCGGAUAAAAAGUUUGCUCUGCACUCCAAUCAGAAAUGGCAAGAAAGACAAAGUCAUAGGAGUGUGCCAGUUGGUGAACAAAACGGACGAAGCAUCAAGCACCGUCAAGACCUUCAACAGAAACGAUGAGCAGUUCCUGGAAGCGUUUGCCAUCUUCUGUGGCCUUGGCAUUCAGAACACACAGAUGUAUGAGACUGUGGAGAGAGCCAUGGCCAAACAGGAGGUCACUCUGGAGGUUUUAUCAUAUCAUGCCUCUGCCACUGAGGAGGAAACCCGGGAACUUCAGGUGACCACAGUUCCUUCAGCACAGUCGCUGCAUCUGCUGGACUUCAGUUUCAGUGAUUUCGACUUGUCAGACUCUGAAACCACCCUGGCUACCAUCCGCAUGUUUAUUGACCUCAAACUGAUCCAGAACUUCCAGAUGAAGUACACGACCUUGUGCCAGUGGGUUCUGAGUGUCAGGAAGAACUACAGGAGGAGCGUGGCCUAUCACAACUGGAGACAUGCACUGAACACAGCGCAGUGCAUGUUUGCUCUGCUCAAGUCAGGACGCUUACAGAAUAACCUGAAUGAUGUGGAGAUCUUGGCCCUGAUGAUUGCAACUCUCUGCCAUGACUUGGACCACAGGGGAGUCAACAAUUCCUACAUACAGAGGAGUGAUCACCCACUGGCCCAGCUGUACUGUCACUCUACCAUGGAGCAUCACCACUUUGACCAGUGCCUCAUGAUCCUCAAUAGUCCUGGAAACCAGAUCCUCAGUGGUCUCUCUUUGGCAGAGUACAAGACCACUCUGAAGAUGAUUGAGCAGGCAAUACUGGCCACGGACCUCGCCCUGUAUAUGAAAAGGCGAGAAGAGUUCUUUGAGCUGACCAAAAACAACCAGUUUGUUUGGGAGAAUGACCAUCACAGGGACCUCCUCAGGUCAAUGCUGAUGACUGCAUGUGACAUCUCUGCCAUCACUAAACCCUGGCCAGUUCAAAAAAGGAUCGCAGAACUUGUGGCCACUGAAUUCUUUGAACAGGGGGACAAAGAGCGUCGGGAACUGAACAUUGAGCCUAUUGAUCUUAUGAAUCGUGAGAAAAGAGAUAAGAUACCCAGCAUGCAGGUUUCCUUCAUUGAUGCCAUUUGUGUUCAGCUAUAUGAGACCUUGGCUGGCUUAUCAGAGCACUGCUGCCCUCUGCUGGAAGGGUGUCAGAAAAACCGGCAGCAUUGGAAGCAUCUGGCUGAGGAUUGUGAGAAAGGCCUGGUCAAUGGCCUGGUGUGAUCCAACUACAGUUUGGCUUCUGGAAAAACUGCAAAUUCCAGGACUUCUUCCUGUGUCUCCCAGACUCACUAAGCAUUCAUAAGAUUAGUAUGGUACUACAGACAUGUUUUGUGGACUAUGGGACUUUAACCAUUUCUGAAAAGGGAAAGCCACCAUAAGGUCUCAAAUCUUAUGUGGUUCUCACCAAGCAGUUCUUCCCACAUUUGUCACUGAAAUCAUGCUAUCCUCUCAAAGCUAAAUGUUCUGGUGUGUUCCAUUUAUCUUGGAAGUCGGAUCUAAGAUAUGAGAACAUAGGCGUAACUUCCUGAAGGCCUGGUGUGGACAUGUCCCCACCAACUCUGGCCUGAGGGGGACAGUCCCCCCCAAUAUUUCCUACACAUUUUUACUUUAUGUGCCUGCAUAUAUUUGUGGUAACAAAUAUAUGCCAGUAACUUGGCAGCAGCUGCGAUCUGUGUAUAAAAUAUUAACAGCCAGUAGACGACUGCUUUUUAAAAUUUCAUUGUAAAACAUAAAUGGCAAGUCCGGUCAGUGAACAUCACAAGACCUGCAGUGCGCCACAUGCGCUAUUGGUUUGCAUUGAGCCUGCAAUAUCGGUGGUCGGGGAAAUGACACAAUCAAGCAAAGAAUCUGAAAAAAGGACACAGUGUUUUGCUAUUAAUUGAAAACUCUAUGACAGCAAGAUAACAAGGUCCAAGAGAAUCACAUUUCACAUGUCAGUAAAAAGUUUGAAUUAAAGUGAAAAGUAGGUUAACUAUGCGUAACAUACCCAAGCUGCAUAGUUCAGUGUGUUUCGGUUCAAUUAGUACAAAAAUAAAUCGACCCACACAUCUACUUUGUGGCAGAUUAUCAGUAGAGCAGGUGUUUAAAUUAGCUAAUCAACCACCACAAGUGUUCAGGCAAUUACUUUUUAAUGAUCGCAAAAUAAACAGCAAGCCUGAAAAUUCAAAAAACAGAAAUCUGUAGCGGGCUGAAUGUUCUGUUUUGGUAUUUCUUUGUGUGGGAAUUUUUUUGUGUGUUUUUUCUUGUUAAUUCCUAAUACACUUGAACUUAAUCUUUGCUCCUUCAACUCCUGGAGCUGUUGUUUGAAAGUUGCCUUGGCAACGGGUCUGUGUGUGACGUUAAGCUGACAGAAUGGAAAAGAAAAAGAAUACAAUUGGUUUCAAGUUGUUCUCCUGGGUUUCUACGUCUCUGGACUAAUUGCAUCAUUUGUUUGUAGAACGUGGCCAUAUUCAAAGCAAUCAUAAAAUAGGAUAAAAUAUUAUAUAAAGCACAGGAGUCAAAAUUUGUUACAUUUUAAACCAUGGCUCCUACAGCAGCAAUUAGGUCAAAUUAAAUUAUUGGCCAUUAUAAAAGAGAAAUUUAUUUAAUCCUCUAUUGCAUCUUGACAGAACUGACAGAAACAAAGUUGUUUAUAUAUCUACAUCCAGAGAGAAUACAUAAUUUACAUGUCCAAACAUCGGCACUUUUUUUGCAUCUUUAAUUUAAGCCACAUUUUAAGAAAAUUGGUUCAGCAAUAUGGGGGCUAUGACCAUUUUUGUAACAAAUUCCUGCAGUUGCGGUGAGGUGCAAUGCUGGUGAGGCACUGACUUAAUCAUAAUCAGAUAUACAAAUGUAGACCACCUGCAUGUUUACAUAAGGAAAUUUCAUGCAUGCGGACAACAAAACUUGGAAAUUUAAGUAUUAAUUUUGUGUUGUGCUCCACAGCAAAGGGGGAAAUUGUGAAGUACAACUCAAAACCACGUUUUUCUCGCUUUCUGCAUUGGCCAGGCCACACACACACACAGAUUUGUUGCCAUAGCAACUGGCAACAAUGCCCCUAAAAAAAAACACUCAAACAUUUCCCACACAAAGAGCAGAACAUUCAGUCUGUUGCAGUAGUAUGGUUUUAGGCUUAAUGUUAAUUUUGCGAGUAUUAAUAAGUGAUUGCUGUGGUAACAGAAGAUGACUAUAAAUAUAUUGCUGCACUUUACUGUAUGGCUAGUUCGCUGUUACCAUCUCUUACUCUGUGGAGUCACAAUGUGUGGGAUCAUGAGCGCCCCCUGCCAUGAGGCCAGAGAACUGCCUGCCUCACCUCGAAUCUGUUCUCUGCCGUUUCUGAUCGCUCCUCAGCUUAUAUACAUAAGCUAAAUUAUGGAAAAUCAGUUCAUACAUUAAAUGUUUUUUAGCCAUUUUAUUGGCGACGUUUAGCCAAGAGGAUCAUGGUCCCAUAGAAUGGCAGCCAGUGCAGUUAGCGAGAGGUUGAUCAAUCUCAGGUGAGGCUCUGCUCACUGCUGAAUCACCGGCUUCGCUUCUGAGCAUUUGAAUGGGAAAUUGAAAAAUUCAGCGAUUUUGAAGAAAAAAUAAUCAGAAUUGGUUAAGAUAAAUAAAAAAUAAAGACUUUACAGUACAUACCACGGGGUAAAAAUAGCGAUAUAUAUUAUUUUAUCAUAUUUUUCCAUUAUGGCAGGUGAGUCUCUGCCUCACUUGCCUCCUCUGACCACACGUCACUGGAUUCCUGCUCAUCCUGCAUUGGAACAGUAAGUGGUUUUGUGGACAUGACUAAUGGCGUCUGCCGUUAACAGAUCACUGGCUUUAGGGGCUAAUAGUUGAUGUUCAAUCCAGUAAUAUAUAGAAAAUAUAAUAUAAUUUCUCAUUGGGAUUAACAAAGUAUUUUUGAAUUUAAAUUUGAAUUGACUAUAUCAAUGGUCCCUCUAUAACCCAACUGCCCCAACCAGGCCCAAAAAAGUCCCACUGAAAAUGAUGAGCAGAGAAACAGAUGUGUCUUGCAGUGGCGGUUUCUGAUAUGGGCAACUGCCCAGGGUGGCAUUUUGUGGGUGGAGGGGCACAUGAGUUGAAUUUUGUAAUUGUUUUCAACUAUAGACAAGUACUGAGCAAAUAUACAGACUGCUGAGCUGCAGCAGUGCAGACAAGAGGUUGGUUGUACUCUGGACAGGUUGCCAAUCAGAUCACAGGGCAACAUGGAGACACAGGGCAGUCAAAUAUGCACACACAUCAAGGGUGGGCAAACUUUUUUGGCUCAGGGGCCACAUCGACUUUUAAAAUUUGACUGCCGGGCCGGGCUAGCACCAAAUGCAUACAUAUCAAACAUAAGCAUUAAAAAAAGCACUACAGUUUUAAUACUUACAUUCACUUUUAGUGGGAACAGUUUUGUUGAUCUUCCUUAUUUGCCAGUGCAUCAAAGUCAGGUGUUAGUUUUGUUGUGGCAAUUCUCAGAACAGAUCUGAGGUUUUCAUCACUCAGCUGAACUCUUUAAGGUGUUUUGUUCAUCACACUAAAAGUCUGUUCGAAACACGUAAGUAGAGCCCAACACCACCAGCAUCCUCUGUGCCAUCUUCUGGAUAUUUGGAAAUUUGGCUGCACUUUAUGAAGCAUAAAACCCAUCCAGUUUAAGAGAGUUGAACUUCUCCUUUAAGACAGAGUCACUCUGGAGAUUAAUCAAUUCCAACUGCAAUUCCUGAGGUGCUGUUUCAGGGUCUUUGUGUGAAGGGAGAUGAAACUAGCUGCCAUUCUCAGCGCGGUAGACAAUUGUCCUUCCAUUGACUGGUUGUUAGCAUAAUUAGCAUGCUUGGAGGAAAAGUGGCCAAGAAACAGCAACUGUUUCUUGGCAGAUAAGGCAUACAGCUUUUGACCGGACUUCAGUGAAAAAAUAUUUAGUUAUCCAUUCCUUAUUGAACACUUGACACUCAGUCAACUUUUCUUCCCUUUGGCCCACUCAUUGUUGCAGAAUUCACAGCAGCAGCAGCAGAGUAAUAACAGAGAGAAGUCCGAGGUCCACAAAAUCAAGUCAUGUACCACUUCGCCUAAAGCGUCCCCUGGUGGAGCGCCAGGAAUUACAGGAUUAGACCAAAUGAAUGAGUCAUGAUUAUAUGAUUUGAUUUGAUUUGGGCAAUUCCGUACCAAUCUUCAGCGGGACAGAUUAAAAAGACCAUGUGGCACAGGGGCCGUAGUUUGCCCACCCCUGACACACAUUUUUCAAGAUAAUACUAUACUCAAUUUCAACUUCAAAGAUCAAAUGGAACACACAGUUACAAUAUACGCACACUAAUGGAUGAACUGGGAUAAUGUUGAUCUGUCUGGGUACAAAGCAAUAAUGAACAUGUAUACUGAUUUAAUGGUAGUAUGGUGUAAUUUCCCUUUUAAAACUAAAGACGAAUAACUGAGAAUGGAAAUGCUUAUAUUCUUACUUGAAUUAAGCCAAUAGCCAAAAUUCCACUGAUUCAUCAGGGUUUAAUUUUCUGUCAUCUGUGAGGGUUAAUACACUUACACAGCAGGUGAGUCUCAGAAUUAACAUUGUCCCAUUGCCUGAUUAUUACACCAGCAGCUCACAUAAUCCAAAUUUAAACUCCAACAACAAACUGGAGACAAUGAUGUAUGCAUCAACAACUGUGAAAUCAGUGUUGGCAACACUUACAUUGUCUUUCUCUGUCAUUCUCAGGAAACAUUACCAAGUGCAGAAAGGAGCCUCUUAGGCUGCGUUCACACUGCAAGCUGAAGUGAUCCAAUUCCGAUUUUUUUGAUGUAAUGCGACCUGUGUCUAAUCUUUUUAUGACAGACUGAACAGCACAGGUCGGACUCCUUUCGAAUGCGACCCCUAUCUGAUACCUAUGCAAUUCAAAUGUGGCCUAACGUCCAGGUGCAUUCAUCCGAACUGAACGUCACUGAUACUCAACAGAUCUCCCUAUUCUGCAUCCUGAUAUGCGCAAGCGGGAAGAAAAACAACAACCAUGACAGACUAUAAUGAGGGUUAAGUUGUUUAUAUGCUGCUCCGGUUGGACAACAACUUCAAAUUUACUAUUGCGUCCUCUACUGCGCAUGUGGGACACUUUCAGGUCAUUGCCCGUUCACGCUGCAGAAUAUAUACAGGCCGCAUAUGUGUGGCAGUGUGAAGGGCCCUGGCAUAAAAAUUCGAUUUGACAAAAAAUCUGAAUUGGGCCACUUCAGCCUGCAGUGUGAACACAGCCUUAGUCUCCUUUCUGCGCUAAGUGACUUUCACCGUUAAGUCUCACCUGCACAAUUAUGGUCAUUAUAGUGGUUGGACACAGCAACAUCCCAGUGGGAUAAACUUACUGUAUACUUUCAACCAUGUCACAGAUAAACUUGUUAGAUAUCUCUGUUCAUACCACACACAACACAAAGGUUUGAGUCAUUUAUACUGUUUCACUCACUGUCAUUACUGUUGCAUAUUUAUUUUGUUUUAUAUAUUUAUUAAAGUUUCUACAUUGCAAGAUGAAGCGUUUCUUAGGAGCACUCAGUUGUCAUAGGAAUUGCAGUUUUGCUAAUAAACUUGCUUUACUUACUGGACCUUUGUAAGAAAGAACUGACGAAUGAGAUUUACUCAGUGUCUUAUAUCCAUAUGACAGUUACAUUUAUUUCCCUCAACAUUUCAGCCAUAAAAAGGAAAUUUAAAUGCUCUAGAAGUUUCCACUGCUGGGUUUUGGUACAAUAGGACUAAUCCACAAGUAAACCGUUUCUCUACAGCUUCAACACAUUUUUGUUGACCAACCAAUCACAAACUGCAUUUACAGGAUUAUUUUUUCCCUGCAGAAGUGACCGCCAUCAGCCAGGGAUGUGGGUAAUAUCUAGCUAACAAUGUGAAAGGGUAUAUUUAUAGUGGACCCCUGUCCAUUUGCGCAUAUUUGUGAAUUUACUUAUUGAUUAUUCACAAAUGUUUUCUAACAGGCUAUCUGAAAUAAUAGAAAAUGCAGCUUGGGAAACUGAAAUACCUAGCCACAAUGCUACUUCUCACAUUAUCCAAAACAGCCAAUCCAAAAGUACCAUUUAUUUUCCUUGGUUGCUGACUGGCUAUACUCCUAUGCUCACAGCAUAGACAUUAGCUACUGCAGUAGUGCUAAGAAGGUUUCCGAUGUGUGUAGUAAUGCAUAUUAAGGUAUGUUUGGUGUUUGAACUUUUGAAAUAGGCUGUUAUUUGUGUGUUUAUAGGGCAUCUCAAAUAUUUGUGGAUUUUAGCUAUUCGUCCCCAAACUCCAUGCAUAGAGGGGUUAACUGUAAAUUACUUCUACUGUUUUUUCCUCAGAUUAGGUCACAGAUUUGCUUACGUACCACUGUCAAAGCACCUUCUAAUCAGCCAGUGUAGUUUUAUUUUACUGUAACAAAGGCUUCCAAUAGCAGUAAGACGUUCCAAGUCCCAAACCAAAGGCUUCCCAAACAUUCCCUUAGCUUCCAGAAGUUACCAGACCUGGUGUACUGACUAAACACCAGGUCAAUUAACUCAAGAUGGUUUUAUAUGACCAGCUCUUGGGAUUUCAACAUCUUGAUGUGGAGGGAACUGGUAACUCAAAAUGGGGCAGCAAAGGGCCACUGUGGUGGCAUCACAAAGGUUACUGUAGUGCCUCAAAAUUGAGUCCCAUAAGGGUAAAAGUUGAAUUGCAUGAAGGCUGUUACAGUUUAGGACGACACAAAUAUGUGUUUCUGAUUUUUUUUUUCCCAGUUUUGAAGGAUUUCUGUGACAACUUCCAAUGUGACACCAACAAACAAAGGUGUUGAUAAAAGUGACUAAUGUGUUUUACUCAGUCUCACAGGUCCUGACUCUAUAACUUAUUGUUGCACUCAGGGUACCACUUGGUUCCCAUACCAAUCACUUUUUCUGGCCGCUUUGCUGGUUUUGUCAAGUAUAAAAUAGCUCAAGUGAAGCUGGUCAGCCAUUCAAAUAGGAAACUUUAGAUCUUGAUAAACACACAACAGGUGUUCCUUAAAUGCAGCUUCAAUACUGAAACACUUGUAGAUGCACAAUCAGAAAGCUCUUUGCAACUGUGGUCGUUUUGUGUAUUUCUAAACCAUUGAAAUGUAAUAAACUGAUAUGAUACAAUAUGAACAUGUUUCACAUCUACAUCUGUCAACACCACUGAAAACUGUGAGCCAAGUAAGCAGUACGGCUGAAUAAAUAGUGCUUAUUUUUCA